UAAUGAGGGGACUGCUGGAAAGAAAUUAAAACCUCGGGCUCGCGGGCGUAGUUAUCCAAUAAAAAGACCGACCUGCCAUAUCACUAUUGUACUAAAAGAUAUUUCAUUCAAUGAUUCUGAAUCCGUGGAGCUCGGUUUGCUAAAAAAACCACAAGCGAAAAAAAAUUCUAGAACUAAAGCAUAUUCUGAUAUCCAGAAAAGGAGGUAUUUAUGGGACAAAAAAUAAAUCCACUUGGUUUCAGACUUGGUACAAACCAGGCCCAUUAUUCACUUUGGUUUUCGCAACCAAAAACGUAUGCUGAAAAUCUGCAAGAAGAUCAAAAGAUAAGAGCUUUUAUAAAAAAUUAUGUACAAAAAAAAUAGAAUCAAACCCUCGGGUACCGAGGGAAUUGCAGGUAUAUGUAUUAAAAAAAGACUCGAUCUAAUCCAAGUCAUAAUCUAUAUUGGAUUUCCCAAAGUAUUCAUUGAAAAUAGCCCGCAGGGAGUUGAAGAAUUACAAAAAGCUCUACAAAAAAAAUUAAAUUUCGUAAACCGAAAACUUAAUAUUGCUAUCACAAAAAUUGAAAAACCGUAUGGAAAUCCUAAUAUUCUUGCCGAAUUUAUAGCUGGACAAUUAAAGAAUAGAGUUUCCUUUCGAAAAGCAAUGAAAAAAGCUAUUGAAUUAGCUGAACAAGCAGAUACAAAAGGAAUUCAAGUACAAAUUGCGGGACGCCUUGACGGAAAGGAAAUUGCACGUGUGGAAUGGAUAAGAGAAGGAAGAAUUCCCCGCCAAACUAUUCAAGCUAAAAUUGAUUAUUGUUGUUAUUCAGUUCGAACUAUCUACGGGGUUUUAGGCAUAAAAAUUUGGAUAUUUUUUGAUCAAGCUCAAUAAAAUUUUAUUCAUUCUUUUUACCUGUAAUACCGAGCGGCCAUUUCACAAAUUAUUUUGUGUAAUGAGCAGGAACAGUUCUAAUUGAUAAUAAUGAAUUCUAU